AUGAAGGUGCUCGAGGACCUCGUCGCCCCAGCUGUCAUGUCGGAUUUGGUGAGCAGGCUGAUCUCCUUCCUCAUAGAGCGAUACGGGAAGAGGAGGACGUCGUCCUGCAGCUGGGUGGAGCCGGCCAGUAGGCUCGAGCUUCUCGCUCUCAAGAUCCACGCCGUCGUGGACGAGGCCGAGCAGCGGCACAUGGGCAACAAGCGGAGCCUGCUCCUGUGGCUCCAGAAGCUCAUGGACGGCAUGUACCGCGCGUACUUUGCCGUUGACUCUGCGAGGCACCGCCAAGACGACGACGAUGGGCUGCUGGUCAGACCACGGCCCAUGAAGCGUCGCCGUACCGUCUCCGCCGGAGCCGGAGACGACGACGACGGCCGCGGCCGGGUCGUCGUCCAACUUAGUCUUGUGCUGGCGAGCCUGGAAUCUGCUACGGCGGACCUCAAGGACUUCGUUCAGCUACUUGCCUGCUGCCCAACGAUACCGCGGGCCACCAAUUUUCGCUCCGACGGCAAUAAGUGCAUGUUCGGCAGGCUCGUCGAGAGAGAGCGCAUCAUCGGCUUCCUGACGCGUCCUGACGCCGGUCUCGGCAUCCUGCCUGUCGUCGGCGGCCCAGAGGUCGGAAAGGGCACCAUCGUGAAGCACGUCUGCGACGACCCGAGGGUGCGCCGCCACUUCGACGUGAUCCUCUACUCGUACGGGUCCCUUCUCGCUGCGAGCUCGCGCUGCAUCCAUGACGACGUGCUGGGCGCGUUUCGGAGCGGCGGGCACCUGCUUCAUGAGGCACCAGUCUCAGGGUCAGGGAGGAGGAGACACCUGCUGGUGAUCAAGAACACGUACCAAGUGGACAUCGACGAGGAGGCAUGGGUUGCGGUGUGCGCGUCCUUGGGAACGGCAAACGGGAGCAGGAUCAUAGUGGUCAGCGAGAACGACCGCGUCGCGGAGCUCGGCACCGUGGAGCCGCUGAGGGUGAAGCCGCUGCGGCGCGAGGAGUACUGGUACUUCUUCAGGUCGCUCGCCUUGGGCCCGGUCCCGGAGGAUGAGGAGCACUACCCCCCGGGCCUCGCCGUGCUCGGCAGGCAGAUCGCGGCGGCGCUCCACGGGUCCUUCUUCGGCGCCAAGGUGCUCGGCGGGCUCCUGAGGUCGAACCUCGACGAGCGGUUCUGGCGGUCCAUGCUGGGCGUCGUGCGCCGGUUCCAGGCGGCGAUGCUUCUGCGAGGAGGCGUCGAGCGGCAGCAUUUCUCCAAGCUCGGCAUCGCCCGGAUGGUGAUCAAGGUGCUCCCCACGCCGCUCAAGCUCAAGUGCGCUUCUCAGUCUUGUGGGCCUUCGGAUGAGUUCUUCCCCCCCGCCGUUGAUGUUCAGCACCUGCUCCGCGCCGGAAGAGUCGUUCCGGCCGGCGGUGAGAGUGAGACGGCUGAGAUGCGGGUCGUGCUGUGGGAGUCGGCGUGCCCGCCCAACUAUCGGUACACGGUUGUGUGCGAGACCGUGCGUAUGAGUGCGUAA